CAAGCUGCUCAUUCUGGGAACACAAAAUAUGUUUCAUCAGUCCAUUCUACUCCACUGCUUCGAUCAGUUUUGUUUUUCAAUCCUGAUCGUGAGACUCUCUUUGUAAAGCAUCUGAAAGUUAUAUGCUUCAAACUCAGAUUACUAAGGGUGCUAGAUCUUGAGGAUACAAGAAUUGAACCCUCCAGUACAAAAGGAAAUGUUUUGAUGUUGCCAGAUGCAAUGGGAAAGCUGAUUCACCUGAGGUAUUUCGGGUUCAAAAGCAGUAGCAUAGUGGAGUUCCCAUCAUCCAUAAGACACUGGAGGAGCCUAAUUGCCCUGGUUGCAACUGGUAAUUCUCCCUGCAAGCUACCUACUGAUAUAGCUAAGCUUCAUCAGUUAAGACACCUCAUAGCAUGUCCUCAUGGAAACCUUCACGUCAGCGCUUUAACAAGCCUCCAGACUCUGAGGUAUGUAAAUUAUCGACAAUGGGUUGAAAUUGAUGCAGCAAAUCUAAUUAAUCUGCGAGAGUUGGAGAUUCGGGAGAUACCUUAUGCAGAUAUGAAGUCCAUUUGGCAAUUAAAACGCCUACAAUCUUUAACAUUGCAGACAAAAACAUCCUUUGUUAACCUGCAUCUCCUUUCUCAAUGUCAACAUCUCAUCAAACUGAAGUUGGAGGGAAAAAUAGAUGAUCUUCCGGGGAACAGGGAUGAAUUUCCACCAAAUCUCACAAUCUUGAUUUUAUAUGGCUCAGCACUGAAGGAAGAUCCAAUGCCAAUACUAGAACACUUGCCAAGCUUGAGUAUUCUUGACAUGGGAAAAAACUCAUUCCUAGGAUACAAAAUGGUUUUCUCUGAAACAGGAUUUUCUCAACUCCAAGUUCUACGGAUUUCUUGGUUGUGGCUCUUAGAGACGUUAGAGGUGGAGUCAGGAGCUAUGCCUAGACUCAAGCAUUUCAGCGUUGAAGAUUGCAAAAAUCUAACGACAGUCCCUGAAAGAUUGAGGAUGCUUCCACUUCCCCAAGAAUGGUAAUGCAACCAUAUGUCUCUGGCCAAGGCAUCAAUGGGCACUUGGCCUCAUAUAGGCUACAAGGCUCAGUUGCACAUCACAACAGUCAACUUUCAGCUAUUUCUCUUCCUGUUGCCACUUCUAUUGAUUCUCUUAAUAGCUUCUUAUUCUUCCGGUGGAAGUUACGGCUUCCGGCUACCACGGCUCAACCGUGGACCGAUGUACCAGUCGGCUGCAGGGGGCAUCCCAUGGGGAAUUGUCAGCCUAGUGGUGGUGCUUCUGGUUUUGGUCUCUUAUCAGUCUUCAUUUCAUUCAAAGUGGCUUGGAGGAAGUUAAGUUAGUUAUAUUGUAAGACACAAAAUUAUGAAGUUGUA